AGUCUUUACUCAAAGUGAAGCUCUUGAAUACAAGUACUAUAAAAUAAGCAAAAUUAGUGAUUCAAUUGAAUUCGAGUUUCCUUUUUAAUCACCUGGUUUGAGUUUUGAAGGAGAUCCAAUCCAAGUGCAUUGAAUGCUGAUCACCUGAAAUUCCGCCAGAUCUCUCCCUCUUCCACGCUCUUGAUAAACCGAAACGAAGCAAUAUCCAUCACACACCACUGUUAGGGUUAGGGUUAGGGUUAGGGUUGGGGGUGUUCUGAGAAACAACAAUGGCGGUCUCCGACGGCGUCGUGAAGAAAAUCGUCCUCUCCUACACUUACGUGGCGAUAUGGAUCUUCCUCAGCUUCACGGUCAUCGUGUACAACAAGUACAUUCUGGAUCGCAAGAUGUACAACUGGCCCUACCCGAUCUCGCUCACCAUGAUCCACAUGGCGUUCUGUUCCUCCCUGGCGUACAUUCUCGUUCGCGUCUUGAAGCUCGUGGAACCGGUUUCGAUGUCUCGGGAUCUCUACCUCAAAUCCGUUGUUCCAAUCGGUGCACUCUAUUCACUUUCCCUCUGGUUUUCCAAUUCCGCGUAUAUAUACCUCUCUGUUUCGUUCAUUCAGAUGCUCAAGGCGCUUAUGCCUGUUGCGGUUUAUUCAAUUGGUGUCAUGUUCAAAAAAGAGGCCUUUAAGAACGAGACCAUGGCGAACAUGGUUUCCAUCUCGCUCGGUGUUGCGGUUGCGGCUUACGGUGAAGCCAAAUUCGAUGCAUGGGGUGUUACCCUGCAGCUUAUGGCGGUUGCGUUUGAGGCGACACGGUUGGUUCUGAUUCAGAUUUUGCUCAAUUCGAAGGGGAUUUCGCUGAACCCUAUCACCUCGCUUUACUACAUUGCUCCCUGUUGUUUGGUGUUCUUGUCCGUGCCUUGGAUUAUCAUGGAGUACCCUUCGUUGAGGGACAACUCCAGCUUCCAUUUGGAUUUCGCGAUUUUCGGCACCAAUUCGGCUUGUGCUUUCGCGUUGAACCUCGCGGUUUUCUUGCUGGUGGGAAAGACUUCGGCUUUGACAAUGAACGUUGCUGGGGUGGUCAAGGAUUGGCUCUUGAUUGCGUUCUCUUGGUCUGUGAUAAAGGAUACUGUGACCCCACUUAACUUGAUUGGUUACGGCUUGGCAUUUUUGGGGGUUGCGUAUUAUAAUCAUUGCAAGUUGCAGGCUUUGAAGGCUUCGGAGGCGCAGAAGAAGACUCAGCAGGCUGAUGAAGAGGCUGGGAGGUUGUUGGAGCAGAAGGAUGAAGGGACUGGAAGGAAGAACGACAACCAGAACUGAUCUCAUUUUUGCUCACUCUCUUCGAUUAAUGUUGGAUGAGGCAGGUUUUGUUUUUGGCUUUGUUGUCUAAUGUACUGCUAUUAUUAGGUAAUUAUUAUGAUCGUCAUUAUUGUUAUUAUCGUUGUCAUUAUUAUAUUAUUAUUAUUAUUACUAAUGUUACAUGUUACAUCUCCCAGUUUAAUUUUCAUACCCUUGUUUAGUUAUGUAUUGGAGGCUGAGAUUGACGUUUGUUCCUUAUAUUACUGAUUCGAGUUUAUGGGUAGAGAAUGAAGUUGCAUUAUGAUUUGAUAAUUGAUUAAUGUUAUGCAAGUUUAUUGUGGAACAGCUAA